AUGGGGAAACUUGAAAAUGCUUCCUGGAUCCACGAUCCUCUCAUGAAGUACCUGAACAACACAGAGGAGUACCUAGCCCACCUGUGUGGCCCCAAGCGCAGCCACCUAUCCCUCCCGAUGUCUGUGGCCUAUGCGCUGAUCUUCAUGGUGGGGGUGACGGGCAAUCUUCUGGUGUGCCUGGUGAUUGUCCGACACCAGACCCUGAAGACACCCACCAACUACUACCUCUUCAGCCUGGCGGUCUCAGACCUGCUGGUCCUGCUCUUGGGGAUGCCUCUGGAGGUCUACGAGAUGUGGCACAAUUACCCUUUCCUGUUCGGGCCAGUGGGAUGCUACUUCAAGACCGCCCUCUUCGAGACUGUGUGCUUUGCCUCCAUUCUCAGUGUCACCACGGUUAGCGUAGAGCGCUAUGUGGCCAUCGUCCACCCGUUCCGAGCCAAGCUGGAGAGCACACGGCGGCGGGCCCUCAGAAUCCUCGGCCUGGUCUGGGGCUUCUCUGUGGUCUUUUCUCUGCCCAACACCAGCAUCCACGGCAUCAAGUUCCAGCACUUCCCCAACGGAUCCUCCGUGCCUGACUCUGCCACCUGCACUGUCAUCAAGCCCCUGUGGGUUUACAACUUCAUCAUCCAAGCCACCUCCUUCCUCUUCUACAUCCUCCCCAUGACCCUCAUCAGCAUCCUCUACUACCUCAUGGCGCUCAGACUGAAGAGAGAUGAAUCCCUUGAGGAAGACAAAGUAACUGUGAGCGUUCACAGACCCUCCAGAAAGUCAAUCACCAAGAUGCUAUUUGUCUUGGUCCUUGUGUUUGCUAUCUGCUGGACCCCCUUCCACGUGGACCGCCUCUUCUUCAGCUUUGUGGAGGAGUGGACUGAGUCCCUGGCUGCUGUGUUCAACCUCAUCCAUGUGGUGUCAGGUGUCUUCUUCUAUCUGAGCUCAGCUGUCAACCCCAUCAUCUAUAACCUCCUGUCCCGACGCUUCCGGGAGGCCUUUCGGAAUGUUGUCUCUCCUUCCUGCAAAUGGUGCCAUUCCCAGGGUUGCCCACAGGGCCCUCCUACCCAGAAGAUUAUCUUCUUGACAGAAUGCCACCUUGUGGAGCUGACAGAGGAUGCCGGCCCCCAGUUCCCUUGCCAGUCAUCCAUCUGCAACACCCACCUCAUGGCCCCCUAUGCCACAGAGGAACCAUGA